UAUAAUUUUGUUGUAGUAACAAUCUAGUAUUACAUUGUUUAUUUCAUUACUUCAUCAAAUAGUAAUAAGAAACAAUUUAAAUUAAAUACACACAAUUAAACACUUUUAGGAGUGAAAGCACUUGAUGAUUGAUCCAUCUCAAAAUUCAGAGUUAGAAACCUCUUUUAAUUUACUUGAUCAAGAAGAAAAGGAAUUAAUUGAACCUCAUUAUCACUUUAUCCAAAGAUCAUCAGAUUGGAUUGAAUUAAUUCAUAACAAAAAACCUCUCAACAAUAUGCCUCAUCGGAACAUGUAUAAUGACACUCCAAGUGAUACCAGCUCAAAUAAUAUAACUCCAAGUAAUGCCAAUAAUGAUGAUUCACCAGACGUUACACCACUUCAUAUUUAUCUAACCACCCACAAACAUGGUCACCACAUGAUUCAUGCAAAGAAGGAUCAACCAUUUGCUCCAUCCUUUUUAAAUGAUGCUGGCUAUGAGAGUGGCAGUUCCUCAAAUGACGAUGAUACUGCUCCAUCGAGUGCCUGCGAUGAAGUCACUCCAGCCAUAACUACUCCUGUUCACUUUCUAACAGAACAACAUCAUCCCUAUUCACCUACCACAAUUAACAAAUCUUCCUCAACUAAAGAGUUUCCAACAAGUCACAAUCCAGAUAAUGUACAAAAAAAAAGGUCUCGAGUUGCUUCUUUACCAGUUACAAAUCAACAAGAGAAACUUGUCACAAAUAAUAAUAGCAAAGCAAAUCAUCCUACUAUUACUACCAACGAUAAUAAUACUCCUUCUACCACCUCUACCACUUCUCAAACACCUCCAACAAAUAUUAAUAAUCCAACUGCUGGUAUUCAUCAUAUUCAAAGCCAGCCAAACAUGCUUUCCAAUCAACCAAUAUCUCUUCUUUCUCAAUCAUUAUUAAAACAAAGUGAUGAACAUGACUUUUAUAUGGUCAACGAGGAAGAAGUUACAAGUGCUUCUGCACUUAUUGGAAAACAAAAAUAUUAUAGCGAGGUUAAUUUACCAAGUAUGGACGUUUCUCCUCUCAAAUCGAAUGGUCAAUCAAUGAAAAAACCAAUCAUCAAACAUAAUAUUGGAAAACAUCACCCAGAAGGAACAGAAUCUUGGCUUUUACCAGGGGAAUGUGUUCUUAAUCAUAUUAAAAAGGUUGGAGUCGUUAAAAAUCUCCCAAUUACAUACUUUCCUCCAACUCAUUCCAACCCACAAGCAAUUUCAUCUCAAGGACCUUUUAUUGAGCAACCAAAACAAGCUUCUGGAGAAUUUUUAACAACAGCAGAGGAAUUAUUGAAUGAUUUUAAUGUUUAUGACUUAUUGAAUACAGUAGGCGGAUCUAGCUCAAAUUAUGGAAGUGCUGGAAGUACUAUUAGCACUAAUGGUAAUGCUACUUCCACUAAUGUUGGUGAUCAAUCUGAUACUGAGCCUACUCUUGUUAUUGGCGAGUUAUAUAUUACAAAUUAUCAAAUUAGAUUCCAAUGCGUUGCUAAACCAUCUCUAGUUCUAUCAACUCCAACAUCUUGUAUUCUUAGAAUGGCUCCAAAAUAUCCACAAUCAGAGACAAAUACCUACAGCAACUAUUACAGUCAAUAUAUUUCAUCAAAUGCAAAUAAUGGACCUACCACUGAUAACAAGUUUAAUAGUCUUGGAUAUAUUAGUAUUAAGAGCAAAGAUUUGCAGGUUUUGAAAUUUUUAUUCUUUAGAGAUUCUUCCUAUACAAUUGACAAAGUUAUGGAGGCCCUUAAAGCUGCUACCUCAAAGAGAGUGUUUGCAUUUGCAUUCCGUAAACAUAUUUCCUCCUAUCCAAUUCAAAUAUAUUCUCAGGAGGAUAUUGAAAAGGGAUGGAAGGUUUACAAGAUGAAAAGAGAAUUUAAAAGACAAGGCCUUUUCACAAGACACCAAAAUAAUCCAGCUUUUUCUUGGCGUAUUAGUUCUAUUAACUCAAAAUUCAAAGUUUGUGACACUUAUCCAGAACAUUUUAUUGUUCCUAAAGAUGUUUCAGAUGAAAUGCUUGCAGCUUCAGCAGCUUUUAGAAGUAAAGGAAGAAUUCCAGUUCUUUCCUGGAUUCAUCCUCAUAAGAAUAUUUGCAUUGUAAGAUCGAGUCAACCUAUGGUAGGUAUCACAAGAGCAAGAUGUAAAGAAGAUGAAGAGUUAGUUGAUGCCAUCAGAAGAGCAUCUGGAUCAGAGAGACUUCAGAUUAUUGACUGUAGACCAAAGGCAAACGCUUGGGCCAAUACAGUUAUGGGAAAGGGUUAUGAAAAUAUUGCAUACUAUACUAACUGUUCAAUAGAGUUCAUGAAUAUUGAAAAUAUUCAUGCCAUGACUAACAGUCUUAAUUUGCUAAAGAAAUUAAUUCAAAAUAAGCAAAAUAACGAUCAAUAUUGGCUAUCUUCUUUUGAGGCAACAGGAUGGUUAAAACAUACCAAGUUAAUCAUGCAAGCAGCUUCAAAGGUUGUAACUUAUAUUGAAAGAUUUGAUACAUCAGUACUUGUUCACUGUAGUGAUGGAUGGGAUCGUACCGCACAAAUCUGCGCACUUGCAGAGCUUUUAUUAGACCCUUAUUACAGAACUAUUAAGGGAUUUGAAAUUCUAAUUGAGAGAGAGUGGGUUUCUUUUGGUCACAAGUUUCUAGAUCGUGUAGGACAUGGAUGUGUUGGAAAAACUAAUUCAGCCUCUGAUGAAAUUUCUCCUGUUUUUUUACAAUUUAUUGAUUGUGUUUGGCAAAUUUGGCAACAAUAUCCUUCACAUUUCGAGUUUAAUGAGGCGUUCCUCUUCUUAAUAUUGGACAGUUUAUAUUCUUGUCGUUUUGGAAACUUUUUAUUGAAUUGUGCUAAACAACAGCUCGAUGAAAAUAUUACAAAGGAUACUAUUUCGGUUUGGACAGAAGUAAUGACAAACCCUUCUCUGUAUUAUAACGAUGUUUAUAACCCAAAGAAUAGCGAAUAUUCAACAUUAAUUGUAAAUACCGACAUUGACACACUCUCCACACACUUUUGGAUAAGCUACUUUUAUCGAUACAAGAAGGGUUCAAAGAACAGAUAUCACAGAAUGCUCAAAAAGGCUAUCACCAAGAUGAAGAAGGAAAAUGCAAUUCUCUUGAAUUCUUUACAAGAGGAACUGUUGACAAGGAAGAGAAUUGAGCUAGAGUUGGCCCAAUCCAAACAAAAAAUCAAAUUUCUCGAAGGUCAUAAUUCAUUAACUGAUGAAUCCCACAUAAGUGAUUCGUAUGGAAGUCAUCCUGCUUCUGACACUUUAAGUUACAAUGGUGAAGAUGGAGACACGAAAGUUAUUCGCUUCUCAACCAGUGUGAAAGAAAAUCUGGUGGAAAAUUACUUUAAGUAAAACCACACAAAACAUUUUAAACUUAAU